AUGGCCAAAGAAGCCUCUUCCUCAUCCUCCUCCAUCUCAACACAUUUCAAAUAUGACGUCUUCUUGAGUUUCAGGGGUGGUUUUAAAAACCUUGAUGAGUGGUUUGUUAACAGAAACUCAUACAUAUAUUUUUUCCCUUUUGAGCUGACUUUGUUUGCAAGAUUCCGCACUUGUGUGAGACAUUGUCUGGCUUAUGGUGUAGAAGGAACCAAAUCUGGGGUUCUAGAUCCGAUUUUUCUUGGAAUCAGUGUAUCAACGACAAAGAUGGCGUCCACAGGGGCUUUUACCCCCAGUCUGCGACAGGAAGAGUUCGAGUUGGAGCUAUAUGAUGUCUUCUUGAGUUUCAGUGGCGUCGAUACCCGCAACAACUUUACCAGCCAUCUUCUUGCCGCUUUAGAGCGACACGGCUUUCAUACAUUCAGAGACAACACAAACCUCAAUAGAGGAGAGGAUAUUGGUUAUGAGCUACUGAAAGCAAUUGAGGACUCAAGAAUUUCACUUGUCGUUCUCUCGAGAAAUUAUGCCGCUUCAGGGUGGUGCCUUGAUGAACUUGUGAAGAUCAUGGAGUGUUGGAAGACCUUGCAACACAUUGUUUUUCCAAUCUUCCACGGCGUUGGGCCAACAGAUGUGCGAGCGCAAAAGGGGAGUCUUGCAAAAGCAUUCGCCAAACAUGCAGAGCGUUUUAAAGAUCAGAGUCCGGGUAGCAAGGUGGAGAAGUGGAAGGAAGCGCUUACGCAGAUUUCCAACUUAUCAGGCUGGGACUUGCCAAAGUUGGACAACGGUCAGACAACAGUCCGCAAGACUGGGCUUCAUUGUAUCUUGGAGAUGGCUUCGCGGUUCACCCGGUCAGAGUCACGUUACAUUUGCAUGACUCGGGAUGAAGCAAAGUUAAUUCAGAAAAUCGUUGAAGAGGUCGGAAAUAGAUUAGACAUUGGACAUCUAAAUGUUGCAGACCACCAAGUUGGAAUGGAGUCUCGUAUGCAAGAACUCAAUGUUCUUUUGCGGAUGGAAUCUAGCAAUGUUCGCAUUGUUGGAAUAUGGGGGAUUGGUGGAAUUGGUAAGACUACAAUUGCUAUGAAACAGUUUAACGUCAUCCGACAUAUGUUUGAAGGUAGCGGUUUUCUUGUGAAUGUUGCAGAAACUUCAAAGCAACCAAAUGGUUUGAUUUGUUUACAAGAGCAACUUCUUUUAGAUAUAUGUAGCAAUGGAACUCAUAAUAUAAGAAAUUCCUAUCAAGGAAUCGAGGUUAUAAAACGAAGAGCUUUUUGUCGAAAGGUUCUUCUUGUUCUGGAUGAUGUGGAUAAUGUCCAGCAAUUGAAAGCAUUAGCAAUAGAUCAAGAUUCCUUCAGGUCUGGAACGGGAAGUAGGAUUAUCAUAACAACAAGAGAUGUGUCUUUGCUAAAUUUGCUUAAAGUGGAUGAGAUAUAUGCAGCAAAGGAGUUAAAUAGGAGUGAAUCUCUUCAACUCUUAAGUUGGCAUGCCUUUAAGGAAGACCAUCCCAAAGGCAACUAUUUGGACCUUUCGGAUCAAGUCGUGGCCUAUGCUGGAGGGAUUCCAUUAGCUCUUGAAGUUUUGGGCUCCUUUCUGUAUGGCAAGAGCAUACAUGAAUGGAAAAGUGCAAUAUCAAAAUUGAAAAAAAUCCCUCCUGUAGAUGUUCAAGCAAAACUUAAGAUAAGUUUUGAUUCUCUAAGUGAUGAAGUGAAAGAGUUGUUCCUAGAUAUGGCAUGUUUUUUUGCUGGAACAUAUGGUGUUUCUACGAUCAAAAUACUUGAAGGCUGUAAUUUUUUUGCUACGAUUGGGAUUCGGGUUCUGGCCGAUCGGUGUCUCAUAAAAUACGGGCCCUGUAAUGAGCUUCUGAUGCAUGAUUUGAUUAGAGGCAUGGGCAGAGAAAUUGUCCGACAAGAAUCUGUUAAGGAGCCAGGGAGGCGUAGCAGAUUGUGGUAUAAAGAGGAUGCCCUUGAAGUGUUGAGAGAUGGAAUGGGAACUGAAGCGGUUGAAGGUCUCUUCCUAAAUCUUGCUGAGCCGAAUGACAUCCAAGUGAAUCCAAGGGCCUUUGAAAAGAUGAACAGACUAUGGCUACUUCAUCUCAAUUACGUUAACCUGAGCGUAGGUUAUGAACAUAUUUCCAAAAGGUUACUAUGGCUAUGCUGGAAUGGAUUCCCGUUGAAAUGUGUCCCAUCAAAAUUGUAUAUGGAAAAUUUGGUUACUCUUGACUUGAGUCAUAGUCGCCUAAAACAAGUAUGGAAGGGAACCAAGAUCUUGGGUAAACUUAAAUUCCUUUACCUCAGUCAUUGCUAUUGCCUAACCAAAACCCCUGACUUCUCUGGACUCAACAAUCUUCAGGAACUGUUGCUUAAUGAUUGCAUAAGGUUGGUAGAGGUUGACGAUUCUAUUAGAUUUCUCAAAAAACUUGUUGUUCUAGAUAUGAAGAACUGUAAAAAACUUCAGAAGCUUCCCUCAAGCAUUUGGAUGUUGAAAACUCUUGAAAAUCUUGAUCUCUCUGGCUGCUCCAUGCUUGGAAAAUAUUCUGGAAUCAAGCUAUCUAAAUCACUGUCCCCAUUCCUCUCAUCUUGGAAUUUCAGAACAAAGAGAGUGGAUUCUAUUGGUUUGUCACUUUCCCCUGUACUUGGCUUAAGUUGCUUAAAAGAAUUGAGCAUGAAAAACUGCAAUCUGUCAUGUCUACCAAAUGAAGUAGGGAAUUUGAUCUCAUUGGAGAUUUUGGAUCUUAGCAGAAAUAAUUUGCAUACCUUACCGGAUAGUAUCUGUAACCUUACUCGCUUGAAGAAGUUGUAUUUGUCACACUGUGAUGUGUCGCAUCUGCCCAGUGAAAUCGGGAGGCUGGUCACCUUAGAGACUUUGAUUCUUGAGGGAAACAGUUUAGUUAACUUACCGGAUAGCAUCUGCAACCUUACUCGCUUAAAGAAUUUGAAUUUGUCACUCUGUGACAUGUCGCAUCUGCCCAGCGAAAUUGGGCGGUUGAUCUCAUUGCAAAAGUUGAAUCUUGGAGGAAACAAUUUACUUACCUUGCCGGAUAGUAUUUGUAACCUUGCUUGCUUGGAAGCGUUGUCAUUGCCACACUGUAAUGUGUCACAUCUGCCCGAUAGAAUUGGAAUGUUGAGCUCGUUAAAGUGGUUUAAUCUUAGAAGUAACAAUGUUAGUAUCCUACCAAAUAGUUUCAGUGACCUUGCUAGCUUGGAAAUACUCCACUUGAAUAAUUGUGGAAGGCUCCAAUCACUUCCAAAGCUUCCAGCAAGUUUAUGCCUUGUGAAUGGAAUCAACUGCACAUUACUACCAGAAAGGAUACCUACCGAAUUCAACUGGCCACCUGGGUUGUUCUCCUUAACUCAUCAGGAGUGGUCAAUGCAGAGAAUGAUUGGAGUGUAUCUUCCUGGGGAUGAGGUUCCCAAUUUUUACCCGUACCAGUAUACAGGGUCAAAAUUAUCUCUUGUGGUACCACCUCUAGAAACUCGGAGAAUAAUUGGCUGGGCUUUAUGCAUAGUUUUCAGGACUCACAAAAAACCUGGUCAAAGGUCUUGCAUGUAUAUUUUCAGUAAGAAAACUGAAGGCUUGCGAAAUGAAAACAAGUACAAAACUGGGGUAACGUACCAAGAUGAAGACCGGAUGAAUCUCAUGUAUUUCCCAUCACUUGUCACAGGAAUCCAUUUGUUUAGCGGGGAUGAAUUGGAGAUUGAGAUAAGUCCAGAUGACCAGGAGAAGACAGUGCCAUGGUUGACGGUGAAGAAGUGUGGGAUUAGACUCGUUUACGAGGACGAUGGUGUCGAAGAUUCUUUAAUUCGAGGAAGAUACUGCUGGAAAGUUCCACCAUCAGUGUGGAUUUUUUCGAUGCUGCAUACGCGUAAUCUGUCAAAGUUUCUGAAUUCAAGGAAAAGACUUGUGGAAGGCUCAAGCAUUAGGUACUUCAAUAUAUGCUAUAGAACUUGGACUGAAAUUCAUAGUCAAUGUUUCAUGUAUAAUGUCUUGAAGGAGAUGAGAGUGGAAAGAUCUUUUUGUGUUGAGGCGGUAGCGAUGGCAAUGGCGAUCAUGGAGUGCAGGAAGACCUUGCAGCAUAUUGUUUUGCCUAUCUUUUAUGAUGUUGAGCCCUUCGACGUACAGACACAGAAGGGAAGUCUUGCUGGAGCAUUCGCCAAUCAUGAAGAGCAUAUUUAG